UCUCUUUAAGAACCAAAAAAGAAAAGAAAAAAAAAUAUUAGCUUAAACUUGGGCACAGAAAGAAGCUUCGAGGGAGGAAAACUGGGUUCCAGCCUAAUUCCCUCCUCUACUUCUCCCUCUUCUUUUUCAUUUUGCUUUCUCUAAGCCAAAUGCCAGGUCAACUACGAGAAAUAACCAUUUCCUGUUGAUUCCUCCAUGGCCUGAAUUUGUCUUGUUUAGGGUUUUCAGUGUUUUUUCUUUUGGUGAAAGAAGAAGGCACCGACCCGGUCGUUUUUUGUACUGACGCCUGCCUUUUGCUUCCCUCGGCCCUCAAAGAUCUAGAAGAAAGAAAAUCAUACUCCCAAGAAACCAGUAUUUGCAGGUCAGGUCUUGUUCUAGUUUUAUUUCUCCUUAGAAACUAAAGAGUCUCAGCAGCUAUCUAGAGUGUAGACCCACUUUUCUUCUGUCUCUUUGUUACCUUUUCCCCCCAUUUUGGCCAUCAAUCUUAUGGUGGAUUUUCAUCCCAAUCAUAUCAUCUAGUGUGGUAAAGAAGGUAAAAUUUUUGGAAGUGGGUCAUCAUAAUGAACUUUGUGCUAGAAGAAAAAGGCUAUUGUAAUAACGAAGAGGAAGAUGAUGAGGAAGUGAUAAGAGAAACGAGCAACUUCCCAUUUUCCUCUUCCUCUUCUUCUGCCUCUUCAAAGUACAAAGACACUGCUCCUCAGCAACAUCAAAACCUGUGGCUGAGAAACUUGGAUUCUCAAGCAGAUUAUAAAUCCCAAGAGUCUGCUAUCAAUUUUGACAGGAAACUAGAGCUGAUGGACUUGUCACUUGGCAACAAUAACGAAGAAUCAAAUAUCGGAAGCUGUAGAGGUGGCGAUAGUAGUAGGUCUACUGAGAAAGAACACAUGUUUGAUAAAGUCGUCACACCAAGCGAUGUAGGGAAGCUCAACCGCCUCGUUAUACCAAAGCAACAUGCCGAGAAGUACUUCCCUCUUGACUCCUCAUCAAAUGAAAAAGGGCUGUUAUUGAAUUUCGAAGAUCGGAACGGCAAGUCGUGGCGGUUCCGGUACUCCUAUUGGAAUAGUAGCCAGAGUUAUGUGAUGACCAAAGGGUGGAGCCGUUUUGUCAAGGAAAAAAAGCUUGAUGCAGGUGACAUCGUGUCAUUUCAACGGGGUGUUGGGGACUCCGGAAAAGACCGGUUAUUCAUUGAUUGGAGGCGCAGGCCUACUGCACCUGAUCCAACAUCGCUUGCGCAUAUUCAGCUCCAAAAUCAGUUUAACUUUCCUCAGUCAGUCCGGUGGGGUAGACUCUACUCGCUGCCUCCUCAACCCAUGUGCAUGCCACGAAACUAUGAACCUUUGCAUAGGUUGAAUUACAGCAUUUAUCCUUAUAAUCAUCAUUAUCAUCAUCAUCAACAGCAACAACUACAAUUGCAGCAGCAGCAGCAACAACAGCAACAUCAUCAGGCAAUUACUUAUGGCAAUGUGGCGCAGUAUCACCUAAGGUCAUCAUCUGGGUCACAUCAUCAUCAUCAAUAUCAUCAAAUUGGGGCAGUGCAAGAAGGAGGAGGAGAGCCAAUGGUGAUUGAUUCAGUGCCAGUUGUUCAGGGUAAUAAAACUGCGGCUAAAAGGCUAAGGUUGUUUGGUGUGAACAUGGAGUGUCCUACACAAGAUGAAUCUUCCUCGACUUUUCCUCAUGGCACAAACACAAUAGGUUCAGAUGACUCUCCUCAUUUCUCUUUCUCUUCUCUCCAGUCAAGAUUGUCCAAUAAUAAUAAUACCCCACUGUCCCGAAUGGAAGCUGAAUAUUCAAAGAAAGGAAAAUCUUCCUUGUCCAUUGAUUUGGAUCUAUGAUGAAGAGAAAUACAGUGAACUGGUUGCAUUUUCUUAUUGUUGCCUUUGUCAUCAAAAUUGCGACAGGCGGCACUGGAUUUAAGAAAGAGGGUUAAAAGAUAUUCAAGAUAAGUUUUAGCUACUGAGUUUUUUUUUUUUUCUUCCUCCUUUUUUUAUUUAUUUCUUUAAAUAUUGUUUUAGUACAUUAGUUAGUUGAGGUUUGGGAUCUGUGAAGAGCUAAAGAAGAAGGUGCAACAUAUGAAGUUGAAAAUUGUGUAUAAUACAUAUACAGAAUAUAUCAGCAUAUUCCCAACUUGUUUAUUAAAUCAUAUUUUCCAUUACUAGGCACUGGCCUUUCCAAACUGCAUCCUGGCUUUUCCCCAGUUUGUUUGGGAUAUAUUAUAUAUAUAUAUAUAUAUAGUUCUCUGGUUAUCAUAUCAUCUGUACAUUCUCUCUCCCCCUUCCUCCCUCCUGCCUGUCAGUGUUUACUUGUGCUGUUAUGCAUGGUAGCUGAUGGAUUUAUAGUCUUAAAAAAAGAACUUUCUUCACACCCCCCCCCCCCCCCCCACCCCCCUCUCUCUUUCUCUCUCUCUUUUCUCCAUGUUAGGUUAAUUUAUUAUUUUUCUUGGCUUGUUACCGCUGAACAACUAAGCUGCAGGCUUGCAGGUAAUGCACAGAAAAGUUGCAGCACUGUAAAAGCCAUGAUCUUGUCUGGACUGCUACGCACAAAAAAGUUUCUUAUGCCAAAGAGGGUUCAGAUUCCCCAACUGAUAGGUCUAUUAAGACUGGACUUCACCCAAUAUUUAUGACAAUGGAAGUAUUCACUUCGCAAGCUACUGCUCAACCUUUCAUUCUCUCACCGUCUCACAGUUAUGCACAGUGAACCACUGUCUGCCAUCUGAGCCAAGCCCUUAUCAGUUAGAUGCAUCCAUCCCUUCAAAAUGAGGUGGAGAAUAUAUAUAUAUAUAUAUAUAUAUAUUAGCUCAUCGUGGGAGUAUAUGCGCUAGCUUAAGCAUCAAGGAGACCAAGGAUAGCAUUACAGAAACAAAGCAAAUUUUCAGGUAACCCAUUUGUUCCUAAUGCAGCAGGAGCAUGAUCAUCUCCUUGAUGUUUACAUGAUGCUUUGACACUGUGGGAAAAGAUAAGGUCUAGACCUCUAACUAGCAAUGAAGAUUAAAGCCGCGGAUGUUGGAAAGAUUUUGAUAUAUAAGAAUAUAUAAAAGCAUACGGUAUAUAUUAUUAUAUUUAAUACAAAUAAGGGAGCAAAGCAGCAUGGGUUGAAUUAUUGUUAAAAAAGAUUCAUUAAUAUCAAAAUCACAAGAUUCCCAGCCUAUACGCUCAAAAAGAAAGAAAGAAAAAAAGUCGUUGAAAUUGAAGUCCCCCACACCCUAUAAAGAUAGAUAUACAUAGGUUAGGUUUCAUAGCCAUAAUUGACGAUGAUGGCGAAGAUUACCACAUGCGUGCGAGGCACAAAGAAGCUCAAGGGAGCCAAACAAAAAACAAAAAGGCAAGCGAGUGGCUUCUUUCAUUUCUGAUUUCACUGUUAAGUUUUUUCU